AUGUCUACCUCCGCACAAGAGCUCGUUGCGACCAUUAGGAGUUGGUUGAAGUGUGUUAAUGAGAAGAGAUGGGAUGACCUACCAAAAUACAUGCAGCCUUCAUACAGUCAAAACGGCAUCGACUACACACCAGAAUCAUGGGCAACACACAUGAGCGAACAUGUAGCCCCUCAACUUGGAGGAGAUGUUCGCAUCAACGAAGACAGCAUUAUGGUCGACGAAGACGCACAGUGUGUCGCAUUUUCCGUGUGGCUCAAAUUCAAACCCGAGAUCCCGCUCUUCGGGUACCAACCUAAAGGCCGCGACGUCCUAUUGGUGGAGCACGGCUUUAUCUGGUUCACCCACGGAAAACUAUCAAAAGCUUUAUUCCUGAUCAACAACGACGAUAUGCGCAAACAACUAGCAAGUCCGAACUCCGAAUAUGUACCUAGCCUUAUCAGCGAAUAUUUGGCUCCGCGAACAGAUGCUCCACUUCCCCGUGAGAAGCUGGAGGAGCUUUAUCGGGGUUAUGUUGAUACUGUUAAUUUUCGUCGGACGGCGACGGAUUACGCCAAGUAUGUCGACCAGCCGGAGAUGUUGCUUAACAAUGGGGCACCGGCGCGGAAUAUUGUGGAGGAUACGCUAGCGGCGAUUCCCGACUUGCACGUGGAAAUCGAGACCCUCAUCGCCGACGAGGAGUCGCAGCGGGUAGCUGUAUGGUUGAAAUUUACUGGAACGCCGAUUAAGGAGUACGGUGGAUUGGUGGCGAACGGUCGCUCUGUCGGAUUCACCGAACACGCUACGUAUCAGUUCGUCAACGGCAAGAUCCAACGGAUAUGGGGUGUCAUGGACCUGGACGAGGCAAGACAGCAGCAAACGCAGAAUCCGAUUAAACAACACUAUGUAUCAGUGUUGUGA